CAGGAAGUAGUCGUGACGAAGUUCUAGCGCGGGCAAGCUAUUACAACUUUAAUACUCGACUGAAUAAAGUGUCUAAAGUUAAACAUAAUUAAAACACAAAAAUGUCAACAUUUCUACGAGCAGUCAAAAAUAACAUGCCAGAAAAGGAAAAAUCGGAAUUAGUGGAGAGUGACCUGAAAAAAUGGGGAUUACAAGCAAUUCAUCUGAGGUCUUAUCAGGUGGAUGGAGUGAGGUGGCUGUCACAGUGUAUGAAGAACCAGCAGGGCUGCAUCCUUGGUGAUGAGAUGGGUCUGGGCAAGACCUGCCAGACCAUUUCUUUGCUGGCAUAUGCUCGGGGAUGCCUUAAGAUGAACGGACCGUUCCUUGUGCUUUGUCCCUUAUCUGUUCUGCAGAACUGGAGAGAGGAGUUAGAGCGCUUCUGUCCCAGUCUGUGUGUGGUCUGUUACACUGGGAAUAAAGAAAGAAGGGCAGAGCUUCAGAACGAGCUCUGUCGGAGUGACCGGCACUUCCAUGUCCUUCUCACCACCUAUGAGAUGUGCCUCAAAGAUGCCAGCUACCUUAAAAGUUGGAAAUGGAAGAUUUUAGUUGUCGAUGAAGCUCACCGGCUAAAGAACCAGGAAUCACUGCUGCACCAAACCCUCAAAGAGUUUACAGUGGGUUUCCGAGUGCUGUUGACAGGCACCCCUAUUCAGAAUAACUUGCAAGAAGUCUAUUCCCUCCUCACCUUCAUCCAGCCCAGUCUGUUUCUGCCUGAAGCCAUUGAGGACUUUGUUAGUGCCUACGCAGAUGUACAGACAGACCCUGCUCUUGCCGAUGAGCUUCAUCAAGUGCUCCAGCCCUUUUUGUUGCGCAGGGUUAAAGAAGAGGUGGCCGCCGACCUGCCCAAGAAGACAGAACUUGUGGUUUUUCAUGGGAUGUCCGCCCUUCAGAAGAAAUACUAUAAAGCCAUUCUGAUGAGAGACCAUGAUGCCUUUAGGACUGAUCAAAACACUAAGACCCGGCUUCUGAACAUUUUAAUGCAGCUCAGGAAAUGCGUGAACCAUCCAUAUAUGUUUCAUGGUGUGGAACCAGAACCGUUUGAGAUGGGGGAGCAUUUAGUUGAGGCCAGUGGAAAGCUCUCUCUUCUGGACACCAUGCUGGCUUAUCUUCAGGAGGGGGGCCAUCGUGUUCUUCUGUUUUCUCAAAUGACCAGGAUGCUGGAUAUUCUGCAAGAUUACUUGGAAUACAGAGGUUACAGUUAUGAGCGUCUGGAUGGUUCAGUCCGGGGAGAGGAACGCAACCUAGCCAUUAAAAACUUCAGCACCAAAGAUGUUUUUAUAUUCCUCCUUAGUACCAAAGCUGGAGGGGUUGGCAUGAACCUAACAUCAGCAGAUACUGUAAUAUUUGUGGAUAGUGAUUUCAACCCACAAAAUGACCUACAAGCAGCAGCCAGAGCCCAUAGAAUUGGCCAAACAAGGCCUGUUAAAAUCAUUCGGCUUCUCGGUAGAGAUACUGUGGAAGAGAUCAUCUAUUCCCGUGCCACGUCUAAACUACGUCUCACAGAUACAGUGAUUGAGGAGGGACGUUUUUCUCUGCUGGACCAGGCUCAAUCUGCAGCUUCUGGCCUUCAGUUGAGUGAGAUCCUAAAGUUUGGUGUGGAUAAGCUGUUGUCGUCAGAGGAGAGCUCUAUUCAAGACGUAGACCUCAGGCUGAUCCUGGGGCAGUCUCGAGGUGGCCGAUGGCUCACAGAUGAAAAGCAUGUCAAGCUUAAUAAGAGUGAAGAAGAGGAAGACGAGGACUUGGAGGGUCAAAACCACAUGUACUACUUCGAGGGUAAGGAUUACUCUAAAGACCCCAGUGCAGAGGAUGAGGAGACCUUUGAACUGUUACUUGAAAAGCAGUUAGCUGAUCUAGAGGAUGCUGGGAAGGAGGGACGUGCACUUCGUAAUAAAGCUGGGGUGUCCCUGUCUGGGCCUUUGAUUGACCCCGGGAGGAAGAAGAGACCUCUUACAGAAUCAGAGUUAGAACAGAGACGUCAGAAGAGACAAGAAACUGCUGCAAAGAGGGCGAAGCUACAGGAGGAAAGAAAAAAACAACAGGAAGAACUAAAUUACAAGAAGAAGAUGGCAUGGUGGAAAUCAUGUGGCUACAAAUCGCUGUGCUUGUCGCAAGUUGACAGUGAGGGUGAGGAUAUAGAGCCUGAUGAGGAUGAUGAUGAUGUCAGCUGGAGCUCCACUGAUUCGGAUCGCACAGCCAUUCGCUAUGUGCUGGGUGAUGUAACUCACCCUCAGGCUGAUCGAGAGGAUGCAAUCAUUGUGCACUGUGUGGACGAUUCUGGACGCUGGGGCCGAGGUGGAUUGUUUAAUGCACUGGACCUCAGAUCAGACGAGCCAAAGAAGCAGUACGAGUUGGCAGGCAACAUGGAAGGUGACAAACCUUUCCUGUUUGCUGAGACAGACUUAGAACUGGGGAAUGUUUUGCUUUUUCCUAUCGAUGACAAACAGUCGAGGUUCAGUGGAAGAGACUAUCUGGCACUUAUAGUUGCUCAGCAGAGGGAUAAAGCCAACAAUUUGUCAGGCAUUCGGCUCACUGCCUUGGAUGAGGGCCUCAAGAAGAUCUACAGAGAUGCCAAACAAAAGAAGGCAAGUGUCCAUCUGCCUCGGAUUGGUUACUCCACUAAAGGCUUCAAUUGGUAUGGUACGGAGAGACUCAUUCGCAAGCAUUUGGCCACCAAAAGCAUCUCCACAUUUAUCUACUAUUAUAAACGUGCUUCUUCACACUCAUCUGCAGUUUCUUCCACCACAUGCACAACUACUCCAUCAACCUCACACUCAGACCCGGGAGCAUCCUCACCAUCUGGGUCCCCACACUCCUCCAGCCCCCUUACGAAGUCAACAAAAUUCUCCAUUACAUUCAAGGAAGGUCAGAGUUCACCGGGGUUGGCUGACUUCAUGAGAGGUGUUCAUGUCUACUUCUACAACAUAGCUGCUACGGAGAAGAAGAAGCUCGCCCGCUACCUUUUCACAUAUGACGGUGAUGAGGAAGAUCUCAUGAGCUCACGUGUCACUCAUAUUGUAGGAGAAGUGGAAAGUCCUGUCCAUGCACAGGAACUGCGAGAUCUGUUGCAUCAGUACCCCCAGACCGUGCUCGUACAGAAAAAGUGGUUGGAGUCUUGCUUUGCUAACCAAAGGAAAGUCAGUGUGUCUAAAUAUGUAAUUAGGUUAAGUUGACAAAGCUCCUCCUACAUUCCUUAGAAGUGACUGAUCAAAUCAGUUUGCCUUAGGUUUAUACACAGUCACAUCCAGUUAUCUAUGCAGGGUUUCAAAUGAACUGGACUGUCCCUGUAUAUCCAGUUACGCCUAAAUGACACGCCGUGCAUCAAAUAAUGAAGCACUGCUUUCUGUUUAAAGAGAGAGAAAAAAAAAGUGGUGGUUUUACACUCUGGAAAGAUUUUUACAGCAAAAACCGACUCAUUUACUUUCUUUAUGCACUCAUCUGCAUGUUUAGAACCAGUGCAUGGAAAACUGACAUUAUUUGCUAUUUUUCUACAUGAUUUCACGUGUGCUGUCUUUUAAAAAACUGAGGGGAAAAAAAUAAAUACUGAGAUGUGAAUUAUGAUCAGAAUACUGAGACUUUUAAAUUCCAGGUAAAGAUGUAAAAGCUGUCUGAUCUCUGAUGUCAGUUUUACUUAGAAACGCAAUGCACUAAAAACCAAACCACUGAUGUGCAAGAUAAUUUAAAAGUUAUCUGAUUUCUAUGAUAUAACUUAUAGUUUCCUUGGCUACUUUUUAAUAAUGAAUAAGUAACCUCCAGCUAACUAUGGUGCAUUGAGUUGUUUGUCCUUGUUUCAGGCAAUGCUGAUUUAGUCCUAGGGUUUGUUUUUUUGGCUAAAUGUUUUUAUUGUUCAGACAACAUAAACUAAUCGAAUAAUACAUGAUGUUAAUUAUUAAUAAUAUUGUUUAUUGUCAGUAUUCUUGCCAAUGUUGUUCUCAUCUCAAAGUUCUGCUGUAUUUUUUGGCUCCCACAUGCUUUAUAAACUGUUCUUAAGAAUAAUUAAAAAGAAGCUACUCAAAAGA